UUAGCGCAUUUUAAAAUUUUAAGAAUUAAAAAAAUAGUAAUAUUUAAUUAAAUUAAAAGUUUCUUAAAAUUUAAUCGUAACCUAAAUAUCUAAAAAGUUUUAAAGAAGAUAAAAUAUCAAGAAAGAAAGAAAUAAAGGAAGAAAGAUGAUCUCAUAGUUUUCCAAGUCAGUUAAAGGAAAAAUUGGUACUGUUUUUAUAAUCUUCAACAUCUUAAUAGCUAUUUGUAAUAUCAUUAUUGUUAUGUACAUGAUUGGUAACUAUUGUGAUACCCAAAUAUUAACACUUGUUGUAGCAGCAUUCCUCUUUGCUCUUUUAAACCUAGCACUUUUAGUUAAAGACAUGUUUUGGUCUUCAGGCUUCCUUCACUUUUCUGUGAUAUUUGAUAUAAUUUUAUGUAUCCUAUCUAUUGCAGGUGUUAUAAUUAUUAAUCAAGAAAGAUUCUGCUCACUCAUCGGUUGCACAAAGGGAAAGGAUGAAAUAGAUGUACUAAGUAACAAUCCCUUAACAAGAAAUAGCAAAUACUGCGACAAUCUUAGCUUAGAUUAAGAAGAAUUAUAUAUUAGAUUAAUAUUAAAAGCUGGUUAUAACAACACCAUGAUUAUUUAAGCUGCAUGGCCACUAGCUUUUGGUAUCAUCUAAAUUGUCUUAUGCUUUAUAUAAUCAAUAGUUAACUUCUUUAGUCUUUACAAGUUUGGUUGCCCUCCUUCAAAAGAUGUCAGAGGACUUUAAAUGUAUGAUUGAUUAAAAACUAAAACAUAAAUUAUAAUAAUCUUUGAUAUUACUUUUAAGAGAGUAAAUUAAAAGGUUGAGUAAUUCUGAAAUAGUGUACUUGUUUAUAUUUAAAUUAGUGUAAUUACUUUAUCCUUUUUUUUAACAUUAAAUU